UCCACUCGGUUGGUGUUGCUAAGCAACAGCUACUGCUUGAAGUUGGUACCCGACCAGUCGUCCGUUUACGUGCUUCUAUGCAUUGUGUUUUGAUACGCGAACCAUCUAUUGUUUUUUACACCAGAGAUUCUUCAUUCAGCAAAUAAUAAUAAACUCCGUCAAUUAAGUUGUUUGACAAAACUGAGACAAGAUGAGUUUGUCUACAUCCUACAGGUUUGAGGCCAACACAGCCACAAAUCAGAAGAGUUUACAGAAAACUCUGCAGCCACAAAAAGAACGAAUAAAGUAUGAUGAGCUAAUGGCAACUCGAGAGUCAGUUGUUAAAGACGAGCUUGAACUCAAUCAAAAAGCUUUAUGGUCGGAGAAUCUAGAAGAAGCCAGCGAGUUCCGAAGAGUGAAAGAACUAGCGGCUCAACUCAAAAGUGAAAUCAAAUUCGCCAGCAAAGGCUUGAUUGAGGUAAGACGAGCAGCACUGAGACAAAGACUUGACAGAGAAUAUGCAAUGUAUGAAGAGGAACUACACGCCAGAGGAAAGGCUUUUUACUUCAAGCGAGAAUGAACAUCACCUCUAACAAAUCCUCCAUCUUUUACAAGAAACUGGACUUUAACUUAUGUCUUAUUUUGUUUGGUUUAAUAACUUGGAUUAUUUUGCACCAAAAUCACAUUGUUGCAAUUAAGUUACUUACUAUUAUUGAACCACAACUGUCAAUAACUAUAGAAAAACAAAAACCAAAUUUUUGAAGGAGAUGUUUUAUUCAUAUUACCUGGCUCUCACGUUUCCUAAAAUGAUUACUCGGCUGUCAAAACUUUUUACAAUUUUGACCACUCGGCUGCUACUCUCAUAUCCCCUCAGCCAAAACAUUUGUUGGGGGUUUCGAUUUUGUUUGGAGAGAGAGAGAGAGGGAUCACCUUUACAUCACACGGCAAGAAGGCCACUUCAUUACUCUAUGUUCAAAGUGAGGGCUACACUUAACGGACUGGGGCUAAAUCAACUGCAAACAGGGGCACGUUGCCUCCUACUCCAGGAGCUGAAAUAAUGUUACCCUCUUCACAGUCAGUAGACUAGGAGCCUGACUGGUACAAAAUCCAAGUGUUAUGAUGCGAAACGUGCCAUGCUUGUGUUUUCUAGGAUCAGACUUUAAAUAACUGGUGAUCAAUAACCUGUCAUUUCUUUAUAAACACCUGAUAAUUGUUUUCUUUAAAACCAACUCGGUGUCAAAGUGCAAACUUUCCAUAAAUGCUAUUCUGAUGUUGUGCUAAUUGCUUGAGAUGGAUCUGCAGUGGGCCUUCGAUAUAACAAGAUCUCUGGGACUGGUUUAAGGCACUGGGGUCGAUUUCACAAACAGUUAGGACUAGUCCUAUAAGAGAUAUCAAAAACGUACAGCUAGUCUU